AUAAAUCUCCUCUCUUUCUCUCUUACUUACUUUCCAUAUUGUUGGUGUGCAGUGUAUGACCCUUUGUGUUUUUUGCUAAAUGAGGCCAGCCAUUGCCGUUAUAUUAUGGUUGGUACUACUAUCAUACGUUUAUGCAAUACAAGAAGAGGAAAGCGCUUUCAUCACUACUACGGCGGAAGCAACACCGGCCCUUGACCUGAUAAAGCGUCUUCAACUGCCGGACACCUACACCGACAAUACACCCUACAGGGGACUCGAUUUUACUUCCACCAACGUCACUGUUCCUUUACGUACCCAACGCGACAUUGGCCUCAAUGUUACUAUUGAUCGUUGGCUUUGGCCUGCCAUUGACCUCAAAGGCGCAUAUUUCGGCAAUGACUAUUCUGCACAAAAACUAAGUCAUGUCGAAGAAGUAAUGUACAUGGGUUACCGACGAUUGGUCGUGGACCUGUAUUGGGAUCCAGAUAGGCGUACUUGGCAGCUUUGUCCAAUCAAGCUACCUUCGUCAGCAUUUUCAAAACGUUCCAACAACGAGCAUGCCAGCACCAAUACUACUAAUGGAAUGUCUUCUUCCACGACACCGAUUGGAGCAGCAGCAGCAACAAGAAAAGACAACAACAGUGCAGCAAAGCAACAUGAAGCAAGUACAUUCGGUCACUUUGUGAACAAACUUGUGCCCAUUUCAACGGAAGACGUCGAUGUCGGACAAUACAAGUGUGCGCCCUGGUACACGUUUCGGCAUUUUAUGGAUUCAGUCAACCAUUAUUUACAAGCAACGGACUUGUCGACGCUACCAUCUGAGACAAAUUUAAUGUUCCUUAUACUCAACUUGCAUCAAUUCGACAGCAGCAGCAGCAGCAACGAUGGGGGAAGUGACGAUGCCAGUAGUCUACGUGAUGUCAUUCGGUCUGCAGUAGUAGGCACCGACCGUAACACUUCACGGCUCUACACACCCAAUGAUUUGAUCCGCGACCGAAGUAACCUAACAGCUUCAUUUGGCGUCCAGGGCACGCCCUAUUACGAACCCUCCAUUGACCCAGAGACGGGAGCAUUAACAAGCGCAACUGCAUGGCCGACACUCAUCUACCUUAUUCAACGAGAUAUCCAGUUACUCGUUGGAUUCGGCUAUAAUGAUCUUCCGAGUAACACCAACUACGACGUCGCCCGUGAUCAAGAUACGCUUUUCAAUGCAACACAACUGGGUGCCGGAUGGUACAUGAACGAGGUCAAUUUGACGGACAUGGAUGCAAUGGGCUGGGCCAAUUGCGCACGGCCUGCAAAUAAUACAUUUGUCUUGCCAACAGGCAAUGAAACUACCGUAUCCCCUUCACAUCCUGGCCCCAGUGACACUCUACUAUCGUGGUCUUGGGCUUAUAUGAACGAUCGUUAUAAUGAUACCCGAUUCACAUACAACAAGACACUAGAAGCUGUGCAAUGCGGGUACUCCCCUUACUUUACCAAUCAUAAUUAUACAGACGAUAAUGCAGGAUAUUCUGUCAAUGACACGACCCAUCUCGCCGACAACAUACUUGGUACCAUUUGGUCAUGGGACGUCGGUGAGCCAAAGAUAAACAACAACCCACAUUGUGCCAUGAUUCAACGUUCGAAUGGUCGAUGGAAAGCAGGCGAUUGUACCGAACUACUUCGCGUAGCUUGUCGUCAACAGAAUGAUCCCAACAAGUGGAUGCUUACAUCGACCUACGUUUCCUACGAUCGUGCAUUUUCUGCAUGCCCGGACGACUAUGUGUUUGACUGUCCACGCAUACCACAGCAGAACCGUAUGCUCUAUGACGUGCUUACACAAGAUCUCAUGCAGAACGGCCCCCAAGACAGCGACAUAAAGGAUCCUACGCACCAUGUAUUUUGGAUCAAUUUGAAUUCGGGAAACAGCGGCAGUUGUUGGGUCGUUGGUCUAUUUUCAAAGUGUUGGUGGCUUAAUGAUAAUGCAAGCUAUUUCCAACGAUUGAUUCGAACAUCUGCUGUCGCUGGUGUUAUAGUCUUGAUCCUAUUUGGAAUCUUUGCCUGGAUCAAAUGUGCUCGUUGGUGGCGUAACCGUAAAGCACGGAUCCGUAAACACUUUAUCAAAGAUCUGCUGGCCAGACGUGAAUAUGUUACCGUACCCGCUUAAUUUUACAUAACACUCCAUCCCACUUUGCAAUUAGAACAAAACCUUCUUUAGAUUUCCUCUUUCACUAUAUGUACAACAUAACGCAUGCAUAUAAUGUAAUAAUAAGAAAGUCAUACACAGUACAACA